GAAUGAAAUUACUGUUCUGUACAAAAGGACCCGAAAAGGUCUUCUGUUUGUGUCUCUGCCUCCCUUUCCUCAUUCCAUUUGGUCUUUUCCAUACCUGAGAGAAAGCCGGGAAGCUCUCCGGGGAAGACUUUUCUCGGUUUUCCGGCAAUGGCCUCCGGAUCCGGUCGAGUUGUAUUCACAAUCCUUCUCUUGUUCAUCGGUCAAAUCCCUAGCGCUUUUCCCCAAAGUAUUAUCCAAAUCUUGCCGAAGAAGAAUCGAGUCUCCGACGAAAAUGCUUUGUACUGCGACAGUUGGAGGUUCUCCGUCGAGACGAACGACGCCGGUUAUUGGACGAAGAUUCCGACGAGAUGCCAGAGCUUCGUGAAGGAUUACAUGAUUGGUGACCGGUAUAGGUCCGACUCGGAGGUCGUUGCUGGUAACUCCUUGACGUUUGCUAAGUCUCUGGAGAUCGCCGGAGAUGGGAAGGACGCUUGGGUCUUCGACAUUGAUGAGACUCUUCUCACGAAUUUGCCCUACUACGAGGCACACGGGUUUGGAUCAGAGGCCUUUGACGAGAAAUCUUUUGAUGAAUGGGUGAAUUUGGCUGAGGCGCCUGCUAUUCCAGAAAGUUUGAGCUUGUACAAGGAUCUACAACAGUUGGGGAUUAAAAUUUUUCUUCUAACUGGGCGGAGUGAAUAUCAAAGGAAUGCUACGGUCGAAAACCUUCUUUCCGCAGGCUACGAAAAUUGGGAGAAGUUGCUUUUAAGGGGACCUUCAGAUCAAGGCAAACCGGCCAUUGUCUACAAAUCUGAAAAGAGAUCGGAUUUAAUAAAUGAAGGUUACACUAUUCAUGGGAGUUCAGGUGAUCAAUGGAGCGACUUGUUGGGUUUUGCAAUAGCCCAGAGAUCCUUUAAACUUCCGAAUCCAAUGUACUAUAUCGCCUGAACAAAAUAGAUCACCAAAUUUAAGACUAUUGGGUAAUUUGAUUGCUUGUUAUAAUUCUCUUGACAACUGUGAUGAUGGCGUAGUCAUUUGGUGAGUUGUGUUAGUAUUAUUCUUUAAUAAGUAACAUCAAGGUCUCAACAUUGAAAAUAAGAAUUUGAUCAA